AUGGACAACACCCCAUGGCUGACCAACCACACUGGAGGUUCCAAUUUCAUCCUGUUGGGAUUCUUCCAUCUAUCGAAAGACCCAAUUUUCCUUUGUGUGGUAAUUUUUGUGAUUUUCCUAAUGGCCCUUUCUGGAAACUCCAUCUUGAUCUUCCUGAUACACUCCAAUGCCCACCUCCACACUCCCAUGUACUUUUUCAUCAGCCAGUUGUCUCUUAUGGAUGUGAUGUACAUUUCUGUUACUGUGCCCAAGAUGCUCAUGGACCAGAUCACGGGUGCCCAAAAGAUCUCAGUGCCUGAAUGUGGGACACAGAUGUUCCUCUACUUGACACUAGGAGGAUCAGAAUUUUUCCUUCUAGCUGCCAUGGCCUAUGAUCGGUACAUGGCCAUCUGCCAUCCCCUCCGCUACCCAGUUCUUAUGAACCGCAGGGUAUGUCUCCUCCUGGCAGCUGGUUGCUGGUUCUUGGGCUCAGUGGAUGGCUUCAUGCUCACUCCCAUCACCAUGACCUUUCCCUUUUGCAGAUCCAGGGAGAUACAGCACUUCUUCUGUGAGGUCCCUGCCUUAAUGAAGCUCUCCUGCUCCGACAUGUCACUCAUUGAGACACUCAUGUAUCUGUGCUGUGUGCUCAUGAUCUUUAUCCCCGUGAUAGUCAUUUCCAGCUCCUACUCUUUGAUCCUCAUCACCAUCCACAGGAUGAAGUCUGCAGAGGGCCGGAAGAAGGCCUUCGCCACCUGUUCCUCCCACAUGACUGUGGUCACCCUAUUCUAUGGGACUGCAAGCUACACCUACAUGAUCCCCAUCUCCUACCACAAUCCGGAAAAGGACAUGGUAGUAUCUUUCUUCUACACCAUCCUCACUCCUGUACUAAACCCUUUAAUCUAUAGUUUUAGGAAUAAAGAUGUCACUGGGGCUCUGAAAAAAAGGUUGAAUGUGGGGCCUUUCUUUCAAGAAGCUACCAAGUAG